GAACAGUAGUGGGCGAUAAAGCCGCGCUGAUUUCCAAAAGCCACGAAGGGAUAACCGGAAGCGGAAAUUGUCUUACUUUCUGUGUCGUUGAUUGAUGUAGGUAAAAUAUCCAAGGUUUUUAAGUCUCUACUAAGUGUAUUAUUAUAUCAGUGAGACAUAGAAAUGGCUCUUGAAUCGCGGAUUACACAGGAAGAAAUCAAGAAGGAACCAGAGAAGCCCAUUGACCGAGAAAAGACUUGCCCUCUCCUGCUGCGAGUGUUCACCACCAAUAGUGGCCGACACCACAGAGUAGAUGAAUUUGCCCGCGGCAACGUUCCUUCCAGUGAACUGCAGAUAUACACAUGGAUGGAUGCUACUCUGAAGGAGCUGACUAGCCUAGUGAAGGAAGUGUAUCCAGAAGCCAGAAAAAAGGGAACCCAUUUCAGCUUUGCCAUUGUCUACCCUGACCCUAGAGGGAAAGUGUACAGGUUGAAAGACAUCGGCAGCACUGUAUCUGGCAGGAAGGGUGCAGAUGAUUCCAUGACGUUGCAGUCUCAACGCUUCCAGAUCGGAGACUAUUUGGACAUAGCUAUUACGCCACCCAACAGAGCCCCACCCCUUAGCGCCCGCAUGAGGCCAUUCUAAACAUUCACACAUAAACUGACAUAAAUACAUUACCUAACAUACCUAAUUUAGUUUUUCUUUUACAUUGUAUUUGAUGCUCAUCACCUCAUUUUAUAAAACAUGAUAUGUAAUAAAGUUGUCAUUUUUUUCCAAGG